AUGUCGACUGCCGAAGAGCUUAAAGCUCUGGGUAACAAGGCCAUUGCGGCUAAGAACUUUGAUGAGGCAAUCGACAAGUUUACCCAGGCGAUUGCAUUGGACCCCAACAAUCACAUCCUCUACAGCAACCGUUCCGCCGCGUAUGCAUCCAAAAAGGACUGGGAAAAGGCCCUUUCCGAUGCGAUUAAGACCACGGAAUUGAAGCCCGAUUGGCCAAAGGGCUGGGGACGCAAGGGAGCGGCUUUGUUUGGGAAAGGCGACCUGCUUGGGGCUCAUGAUGCCUAUGAACAAGGCCUAAAGCUCGACCCCAACAAUGCUGGUAUGAAAAACGAUCUUGAGGCAGUCAAGCGGGCCAUGGAGAAAGAAGCCGGCGGUGCUGGUGGCUUCGAUCCUAAUGCGAGCAUCGGCAAGCUUUUUAGCGACCCGAACCUCAUUCAGAAAUUGGCGAGCAAUCCAAAGACGAGCGCCCUCCUUGCUGAUCCCAGCUUUAUGGCCAAGCUGCAGUCAAUCAGGCAAAACCCGAACAACAUGCAAGAGCUGUUCAGCGACCCGAGGCUAAUUCAGGUCCUUGGUGUGCUUAUGGGUGUCGAUAUGGAAAUGCGCAGCCCAGAUGAGGCCGGGGGCCCAUCAACAACGAAGGCUCAAGAGGACGUGCCAAUGCCAGAUGCACCAAAGAAGGAGCCGGAACCUUCUAAGAAGGAGCCGGAGCCGGAGCCCGAGGAGGAGUUGGAUGAUGAGGAGCGCGAAAAGAGGCAGAAGAAGGCAGAAGCUGAUAAGGAGAAGCAGCUCGGCAACGAAAAUUACAAGAAGCGGAACUUUGAUGAGGCCAUCAAGCACUACGAAGCUGCCUGGGAUCUGUACAAGGACAUCACAUACUUGAAUAACCUGGGUGCGGCCUACUUCGAGAAGGGUGACUAUCAGGCCUGUAUCGAUACUUGUACCAAGGCAGUCGAGGAGGGCCGCCAAAUGUUUGCCGAUUUUAAGCUGAUCGCCAAGUCGUACGCGCGCAUUGGCACGGCUUACGAGAAAAUGGGUGACUUGACCAAGGCUAUCGAAUUCUACAACCAGUCACUGCGCGAGCACCGGACACCCGAAGUUGUCAAUAAGCUUCGUACGGCAGAGAAGAACAAGAUUGAAGCUGCACGCAAGGCGUACAUCGACCCGGUUAAGGCUGAGGAGGCGCGUGAAGAGGGUAAUAAGAAGUUCAAGGAAUCCGACUGGCCAGGCGCGGUGGCUGCGUACUCAGAGAUGAUCAAGCGGGCGCCCGAUGACCCGCGUGGCUACAGCAAUCGCGCUGCUGCCUUUAUCAAGCUGCUCGAGUUUCCAAGUGCGCUCGAGGACUGCGACAUGGCCAUCAAGAAGGACCCCAAGUUCAUCCGUGCCUACAUCCGGAAGGCCCAAGCCUAUUUCGGCAUGCGCGAAUACAGCAAGUGCGUUGAUGCUUGCGCUGACGCUUUGAAGGUUGAUGCCGAACACUACAACGGGGCCAAUACCAAAGAGAUUGAGGCGCAGCAGCAGAAGGCUUUUAGUGCUAUGUAUGCGGCACGUGAGAACGAGACAGAGGAGCAGACUCGUGAGCGUUUGAUGCGCGAUCCUGAUAUUAUGAGCAUCAUGGCCGAUCCUGUUAUGCAGUCGAUAUUGCAGCAGGCGCAGGCUGAUCCGGCCGCUCUAGCGGAGCACAUGAAGAACCCGAUGGUGCGGACAAAGAUUCAGAAGCUUAUCGCUGCCGGCGUCAUUAGGGUUGGCCGGUAG